AUGGCUCAACCCCUAAGACUCCCCGUCCCAGUGAAGAGGCAGUUCUCUCCGCCCUAUCAAGAGCAGCUCAACAUUCGUUCUUACAAAACUUCGGCUGCUCCAGCCCUUAACGCUUGGCGGCACCUGACAGGAGUCUAUCAGCCCAAGGACUCUGUCUCUUCGAGACGACUACUCCAGGAACUCCUGGAAACCAAGAUGAUAGCGGGGGAGAAGGUCAACAAUUAUCUCAAUCGCUGUCGGAGCCUUCACGACCAAAUCGUGAAGCUGGGAAGCACGAUUUCAGAGGAAAUCUUCGUCAACAUCGUGCUUCAAGGGCUCGGCCCAGAGUGGCGGCCCUGCAAGGCGCUUCUCCGACAGCAGGGGGUCAUCUCGGAGGCCGCCCUUUGCGCCGCCCUUCUCGUCGAACAGAGGGAUAUGGAUCAGCAGCGACCAGCGCCACGACGAGAACGAGAACGGCUCGCCUUCUACGCCGACAACACUGAAGAGCAAAAACCACGGCGCCUCUACUGCAAAAUCUGCAGAAAUUUCGGGCAUCUGGCGGAUCGAUGCAAGAACCGAUCCCGCCCUCGCCAGACCAAUCCGAGCACCUGGUCCGGCCGUCAAGAUGCACGAGGCGACGUGCGUCCAGCCCAGGGGUAUCAGCCCCCUCCCGCGCGCAAUCUGAACCCAGCGGUUCAGCAUCAGCAGCAGCAGCCGUCAUCGACUGCCCCAGUUCGCAAUGUCAUGAGCAACAUGACCAUGGCAGGCGAAUCGCGUCGUCGCCGCGUCCGCUCGCCUUCACCUGAGCCGGCACCUCACCCCAUUGGCGCAUUCACCAACAACAAUCCGUUCAGUCCGCGCCACGAUUUCACCGACGACGACGACCAAGACUGGAAUCUUCCAGUCCCACUGCUUGAAAGUCUCCAGUACGUACCUGAUAUGCGGGUGGCGCCACUCGAUUGGCUCUCGCGCGAGCAAUUUUUGAAGUUCGACACUCCGCACAUCGUCACGCCGCGACUGGCGCUGCUCGCCCGUGACGACAACAAGCGCUACAACACCUGGUACCUGGACAGCUGCUGCGGCCAGCAUAUGGUGGGCUCCGAGCGUUACAUAUCCAACGCCAUCCCCACUCCUACCGUCACUUAUGUCACUGUGGCGAACAACACGCACCUGCGCGCAAGCGCGCAAGGCAUCGUCGUGCUCAAAGCACGCGGGAGCCGCACGCAUAUCACGCUCAACGAUGUGCUGAUCGUCCAGAACCUGUGCUUCAACCUCCUGUCCGCCGCACAGCUCAUGGAUUGCGGCGUCGACCUCAGCACCGACCGCGCGACGCGAGAUAUCCUGCUGCACUAUGAGGCGCGCAACUUCCCCCGCAGGCAGAUCGGACGAGCACACUCCGAAAAUGGGGUGUACGUCCUGGACUUCGAUAUUCCCGACUGCAGCGGCGACUCGCACGAGCUCAUUGACCUCGUGCCACUGCGCUUUGAGCACAUCCACCGCAGGGAUUGGAAGCACCCUGACGGCAGGCCGUGGGUGCCACAUCAUCCCCACCCACGCGAAACGGCGCUUCACAACCCCAAUCCCGAUGGAAUCUGCAGGGAUUGUCACACGCCGACAACCUCAACGAGCGCGAUCGCAGGCCGCGGACUCGCCGCCAUCGCUGAAGCAGAGCACAACGCGCCGCCUGAGGAAGGCAUGUCGCAGCUCGAACUUGAAAUUGCUACCCACGGUGUUUUCGGCACGAAGGAACAUCCCCUCAUCGGUCCCCCCUCACAGCACCUGCAAGGCAUGCUGCGCGGAACAGGGGUCGGGACCUUCGAUGCACUUGGGGAGCCGCGCCCCUACACCUACGAGAAGUUCCUGGAGGACUACUCGACUCAGCGCGACCCGAAGAAGAAGCUUACCGUGGAGCAAGAAGAAGAACUGGCGCGCCGCGAAGCUGAGGUGCUUCGCCAGCAAAGCCUCGCGGAAGCACGCGGGACCUUCGUUUGCGCCGCCUGGGGAGCCGAGGAGGAAGCAAGCGCCUCCAAGAAGGGGGGUGGGGAAGCGCUGGAGGAUGGGGAACAAGCGACACCGGCGGAUGGGGAGACAACGCCGGAACCUGGGCCAACGCGAGCGGCGGAUGGGGCACCGCAUCUGGAGCCGGCAAUAGCGGCUGGGGCACUUCCCGCAAAGAACGAAGGGGGGAAGAGGAAGAAGCCGCGGAAACCGAAGCAGCACCUGCAGUCGUUCGCGAGGGCCUCUACCUGCAGGAGCUUCCGCAAGAGGCGAAAAUUCCAACUUCGCCCACAUUCCACCUUCACUGCGACAACCAGAGCGCGAUUCGCAUCGCGAACAAACCUGGUUUCGUCAACCGCACCAAGCACAUCGCGCUGCGGUACUUCUUCGUGA